UCACUCACGCAUGCGCAGUGGUGAAAGCGGCACAAGCGGGACGUGAGAAAAUGAAAAGAAAAUGAGCGACCUCCAUCGGCUCUCAGAGGCUGGAUAGUGAACGGGGAGAGCGCCACAUGGAGGCGGUGCUCAAAAGCCUGUCCAGCACUGCGGAGCUGUUGGCCGUGGCGGCGCGGAGCAGCGCGGUGGAGCAGUGGGAUAAACAAACCCUGUCCAGAGCCUUUCACUGGGCCCGAUACUGCGAACACCUAUUCUCCAGGUUUCACAAUAACACCACAAUAAAGAGGGUGAUGGAGAAGCAGCUAGAACUCACAAAUGAAAGUUUGCGAGCCGUCUUUCCUCGAUACACUGACGUAUGUUUCAAAGACCUCUUCCAGUGUCAGCACCUGUUGCUGAUGGGGCUGCUGAAAAAUCCUGACCUGCCCAUCUCCAUCAUGAAGAUACUCUUUGACACUGUGAGUCCUGUAAACACUCAGCAGAGUGACUAUCAGGAUGUAACUGGCUUCUGUAGCCACAUCAUUCAAUGCAAAUCUGCUUGUAAAGUCCUGAGUCCUCUCACAGACUUGUCAGGUGCUGAUGUUGAGGUGCAGGGGGCCGUGCUGAUGGAGAGGCUGGAGGAUCUGCUGAGUGGAGGCGGUGAGGCCAGCCGGAGAGAGCACAUUGUAAACUCUUUCCUCCAGGAGGGUGAAGGAGCAUCGGGACAUUUCUGUCUGGUCAUCGCCGCUGCUCUGCUGACAAGGAAAAACUCUAAUGCUUCACAAACUGCUGCACAGGAUUGUCUCUUAGACUGGCUGCAGAAAGAACAAAAUGUGCUGCAGCAAAUGUGUUCUGCACUUCCUACUACACUCAUUAUAGACUUGGCAAAAAGACACCUGAAAUGUAGAGAUGCAUACUGUGAUGUGCUAAAAAAGUGGGCCUCUAGUAUGGAGUACAGCAUGAGUGAGGGUGAAUGGGUUCAAGCAAACACAAACCGGACCGUAUCCUUCCAGAGACUUACGGAGCAUUUCCUGGCCUUGUUUGCGGCCUGUCCCUCUCUCAGAGAGGAUGUGGAGAAAGAGCUAAAUGUUUUGAACAUUUCUGACGGGGACUUUGAUGUAAGAGGUCUUAGUGUGUGGGGAGACCUUCUGUCAGCAAUAAACAAGUGACAGUCAGUCUCAGAGCUGAAGCCAAGAUGUAGCUACAUGUAUUUGCCUGUUUGUAUCUGGAUGCAAUGGUUGAAUGCAGCUGGGAAUUAAACCUCAAAACGUUUUGAUACCAAACAC